UCUGCUUCUCAUGAAUGGAUACUUUCCAGCCUAGUUAGACGGUGGGUCGUUCCAGCAUCCUGGGCGACUCCACUGCUUCUUGCUCCAAAUAACAGGAGCCUGUACAUUUUUAGAGGCGAAUGCUGGUGUGUGAAUGCCAGAGAGAAAAUCUAAACCGGAGACGGUACAACAAGCGAACUGAAUUAAAAUCGCUUUGGCUAUCUCAGCCUCAGUAUCCUGUAUCAAGAAAUGUCGUGCAUCAUGUUAGACCUUUGAAUCUGAUAACUGGUGACAACACAUCCUAUUUCUGGCUCUUUUGGAUAUAUUUCAGUGGGAGUGAAAGGGCUAACAAGCUUUGUUCAGGAAGCACAUAACGAGUUCUUAUAUCUCAGGAGAAUUUUUACCAACUGAUGCAAAACAGAAACACAACAGGAAUCUAAAAGAGCUACAAUAAACAUGGCAAAUGGAAGUUUGAAGUGAAAAAACUACAAACCUCAGCAAUGUUUUAUUAAAUAUGCAGUGGAAAAUAAAUCAACAUAUUUCAACUCCACAGAUGUCUUUUGAUAAAUUUGAUGGGCAAAGCCUACCUUUUGUUAGGUGUUUUCCAAGCCAAUCCCAGAUAAUUGCAUAGACUGCUAACACCGCAGCAACUCAACAAUAUUUUUUUUCUUGGCUGUAUUAUGUCAGAAAUGAUAAUUCCAUAACUAUGGCAUGUAAAAGAGAUUUCUAUUUUUGGUCUGAACGGUUAUCUUUGCUUUUAUUUCUGGUUAGCUUUCAAUGGCUUGGUCCUGUUAUUGGAAAGCCAAAAGCAUCAUCACGUCCCCAUGUGAAUUCCAUUAGAAUUGAUGGGGACAUUGCUCUGGGGGGCCUUUUCCCUGUGCAUGCACGGGGUGGGUCUGCUGCUAACUGUGGAGAGCUGAAGAAAGAAAAAGGAAUACACAGGUUAGAAGCGAUGUUGUUUGCCUUAGAUAGGAUCAACAAUGAUCAAGAACUUCUUCCAAAUAUCACGCUGGGUGCUCGGAUCCUGGAUACUUGUUCCAGAGACACCCAUGCCUUGGAGCAGUCAUUGACAUUUGUGCAAGCUUUGAUUGAUAAGGAUAGCACUGAUGUGAAGUGUAUGAGUGGAGGACCACCAAUCAUUACCAAGCCAGAACGAGUGGUGGGAGUUAUAGGUGCUUCAGGAAGUUCUGUAUCUAUAAUGGUGGCCAACAUACUUCGUCUUUUUAAGAUUCCUCAGAUAAGCUAUGCAUCCACAGCCCCAGAGCUCAGUGACAACAGCAGGUACGACUUCUUCUCUCGUGUGGUCCCAUCUGACACCUUUCAGUCACAGGCCAUGGUUGAUAUUGUCAAAGCAUUACGAUGGAAUUAUGUUUCUACUCUUGCUUCUGAAGGAAGCUAUGGAGAGAGUGGAGUGGAAGCCUUCAUACAGAAAUCACGGGAAGACGGUGGAGUCUGCGUAGCCCAGUCCCUGAAGAUUCCACGAGAUCCAAAACAAGCAGAGUUCGACAAAAUUAUCAAGCGUCUUCUGGAAACUCCCAAUGCACGUGGAGUCAUUAUAUUUGCAAAUGAAGAUGAUAUCAGGCGAGUGCUAGAGGCAACUAAAAGAGCCAAUCAGACUGGUCACUUCCUGUGGGUUGGAUCUGACAGCUGGGGCUCCAAAGUGACGCCAGUGCUGAAACAGGAGGAGGUGGCAGCAGGAGCUGUUACCAUCCUUCCUAAGAGAGUUUCAGUCCAAGGUUUUGAUAGAUACUUCAUGAGCCGUACUCUGGAGAAUAACAGAAGAAACAUCUGGUUUGCAGAAUUUUGGGAAGCAAACUUCAACUGCAAGUUGAGCCGACAUGGAUUUAAACGAGGGAGUCACGUUAAAAAGUGUACAGGCUUGGAACGAAUUGGCCGGAAUAAUUCUUAUGAACAAGAGGGGAAAGUACUGUUUGUUAUCGAUGCAGUUUAUGCCAUGGCACAUGCUUUGCACAACAUGCACAAAGACCUCUGCCGUGGAUAUGUCGGACUUUGUUCCAAAAUGGAUCCCAUUGAUGGCAAGAUCCUCCUUGAAUACAUCCGUAAAGUGAACUUCUCUGGAAGCGCAGGAAUCCCUGUGACCUUUAAUGAAAAUGGAGAUGCUCCUGGACGUUACGAUAUUUAUCAGUACCAAAUCAAGGACAAUUUCACACGUACCUAUUCAGUCAUUGGACAGUGGGUGAAUAAACUUCAUUUAAACAUUCGUACAAUGAAAUGGCCGUCGGGAUCCCGACAAAUCCCAGCGUCCAUUUGUAGCCUCCCGUGCAAACCAGGCGAGAGAAAGAAAAUUGUUAAGGGUAUUCCCUGCUGUUGGCACUGUGAACUGUGCGAUGGGUACCAAUACCAGGUGGAUAAGUACAACUGCAAAGUCUGCCACUUUGACAUGCGACCCAAUGAGAACCACACAGGAUGUCGCGCAAUUCCCAUAGUUAAACUGGAAUGGUAUUCCCCUUGGGCAAUUGCACCUGUAUUUUUUGCUAUUAUUGGAAUCAUUGCUACAUUGUUUGUUGUCAUUACCUUCAUACGUUAUAACGACACACCGAUAGUGAAGGCAUCUGGUCGAGAAUUAAGUUAUGUGCUUCUCACAGGAAUUUUCCUCUGUUACGCCAUUACCUUCCUAAUGAUAGCAGAGCCGGAUGUAACCGUCUGUUCCUUGCGACGCAUCUUCCUUGGGUUAGGAAUGAGUAUUAGCUACGCAGCUCUGCUCACGAAGACCAACAGGAUAUAUCGGAUAUUCGAGCAAGGCAAGAAAUCAGUCACUGCUCCCAGGUUUAUUAGUCCAGCCUCACAACUUAUGAUCACUUUCAGUUUUAUCUCAGUGCAACUGUUGGGAGUCUGUAUCUGGUUUAUUGCUGACCCUCCCCACUCCUACAUCGACUACGACGACCAAAAGACUGCCAAUCCCCAGUUUGCUCGUGGAAUUCUCAAAUGUGAUAUUUCUGAUCUGUCUCUCAUCUGUUUACUUGGAUAUAGCAUGCUCCUCAUGGUCACAUGCACCGUGUAUGCCAUCAAAACCAGAGGGGUUCCAGAGACCUUCAAUGAGGCCAAACCUAUCGGAUUUACCAUGUACACCACCUGCAUUGUCUGGUUAGCCUUCAUUCCAAUAUUUUUUGGGACUGCUCAGUCUGCAGAAAAGAUGUAUAUUCAAACCACCACUUUGACUAUUUCCAUAAAUCUGAGUGCUUCUGUGUCGCUCGGCAUGCUGUAUAUGCCCAAAGUUUAUGUAAUCCUCUUCCACCCAGAGCAGAAUGUGCAGAGGCGCAAGCGCAGUCUGAAAGCUGUGGUGACAGCGGCCACAAUGUCCAACAAGUUUACCCAGAAAGGAAACCUCCGUCCUAAUGGCGAAGCCAAAACUGAACUAUGUGAAAGUCUCGAAACCCAAGCAUUAGCUACUAAACAAACAUACGUCAGCUACAGCAAUCAUGCAAUCUGAAUGAAUGUGACACUCCAUCAGGGUCUUUCGAGAUUUCGAAGUGAAAAAAGACAGAUGCAUCAUUGGUCUGGAUAUCCACUUACAGACGCCAGCAGCAGCCAUUGCAGAGUUCCCAACAGACUGAUAGUAAAAGGAUUAUAUCCAAGCUUAACAUUCACUGGGAGACCCAAAAUAUCAAGAUGACAUACUGCACAGAAGAAAGAUGACUAUUCCUCCAUCUUUUGAUUCCUUAAGAUUUGUCAACAGAAUUAACUCCCUAAAUCUUGUGAAGUUGUCUGUGAUUGUGUCAGAGUUGUUUUUAUUUCUAUUGAUUUUGAACUUAAAUCUAUGUGUUGCAAAAUGAAAUAUGUCUAAGUGCUCACCAAAUAGAUGGCAAGUUAAUGUAUGUGACAUACUGACUGAAAAAACAAUGUCUGCUUUAUGUCCUGACCAAUCAAAAGUACAGUGCCUGGUUGUUUAUGAAUACGUAAUGGAAAG